ACGAGCGCUUAUUCUGGAGGCACGCGCAGAGCCAGGAGGGAGUUCCGUUUCCGGCCCGGCUUCCGGUUUUUGGCGUUCAGUAGUCGCGGUUGGUGGGCAGCAACUGAGCCAAGAUGUUGCGGAAUCUGCUGGCCCUCCGUCAGAUUGCCCAGAGGACCAUCAGCACUACUUCACGAAGGCAUUUUGAAAACAAAGUUCCAGAGAAACAAAAGCUGUUUCAGGAGGAUAAUGGAAUCCCAGUGCAUCUGAAGGGCGGAGCAUCUGAUGCCCUCCUCUACAGACUCACAAUGGGUCUGACAGUUGGUGGAACAGCGUAUGCCAUCUAUAUGUUAGUUAUGGCUGCAUUUCCCAAGAAGCAGAACUGACUUCAUCAUCCCAGUCUUCACAUGGUUCAGUUUCAUUCAGCGCUCAAUGGACCAGGAAUCUGAUGAGUAACUGAGCUCUUCUUUGGGGAUCAAUAUUUAUUGAUGUGUACUAACUGCCACCAAUAAAGCAGUCUUUACCAUGCUUUGUCUCCUUUUCACUUGAGAAUAAAUGACUGGUAAUACAGUUUUGGGUUAGCACUUGCAAAUCUUAGAUAAGGAACAAAAAUUUUUAAAAAGUCCUUAGUCUGUAAAUUUGUGUAAAACACUAUCAUUGUGAUAUUUAGGAAAUUUUACUUUCAGCAGCUACGAAUUAGUAGAUGGUCUUCACCGUCAUUUGAGCUUGACCCUUGAAAGAACAUUGCUUUGUUGUCUACCCACUUCCAUGUUCGCAGGGUAAAGUGCUGGGCGCUGCUUGAGUAGUGAGGUGGGUCCUGAUUGCUCUUCUUUUUCUGUGCUGAAAUGUUGGGUGUCUUCUGUCUUAGAAUUACGGUUUACUAGGCUUCUGAUUGCUUUUUCUACAUUCAGAAUGGGAUUUUAUGAUUUUAUUCUAAUCCUUAGCAUAAGCUUAAAAACUUUAUAAACUUAUAAAAGUUAUGGGGGCUAUAGAGAGCCAAACUUUCUUUUUUUCCUUCUACAGGGUGUACCUUAGCAAUCUCUAAAAAUGACCUAUGCCAGAAUUAAGAGAAAUCUAUGAGUAAGGUGUUUUUUUUUUGUUUUUUGUUUUUUUUUAGCUUAAAUUUCUAUACAAAAAUAAAAAAUAUUUGGAAAACUUGAACCAUUUGAAAUAACCAAAUUAGUCUUUGGUUAAAAAGACUAAUAAAAACAUGGAGAAUUGUGGUAUAAAUUUUUCUCAAAGGGUUACUAAUUACCGAUAUUUUACUCUUAGAUUCUGAAGUUUAAAGGGUUGUUGGACUGUAGUAUAUAUCUUGCUAGUUUUAGAAAGAAGUAAACAUUAGAGGUCUCUAAAAGCUGAGAAAGUUCCCCAGUGGCUUAGAACCUGGGCCAAGCCAGUGUCUCAUGAAAAGAACCACUGAUGAUAUUUUGAAAAGAAUGGUAGCAUUUUACAAGGGGGACUUUAGUUAAUUUUCCUAAGUGAUUUAAAGUACUUUUAUGACAUGAAAGUCAUGUAAGAAGGAAAAACAGCUUGGAGUUUUCUAUAACCUUCAUCUUGAUACCUCCUAGACUUACUGUCUUUGGCUUAACCUAGUAACAGUUGUACAAGAAAAAGCUUCCUGAGACAAUGUUUCAUUGUGUUACCCAGGCCACCCUGGAACUUGUGAUUGUUCUGCCUCAGCUUCCCAAGUAACUGGGGUCCCAGGUUUAAAACACUUGGCCCAACUCUAUGUAAAGUUUCCUAGGAAUAUUAUGCUAAAAUAAUCUGCUUGGGGCCUAAUAACAUGGCCAUAUUUAAUGUACUAAAACUGUUCAAGGUGAAGUUACUGCUAAACUGGAUUUGUGGAUGAAAUUAAGUCUCCUGCAGUUUUGCAAAACUGAAAUAAAUGGCAGCAUAAGAUUUCAAGUCCAGUUUUCCAUGAUUGAAAAAGUAUACUUUAUCUCCCUAGUUUGAUUAACUAUAUAUAUAUAUAUAUAUAUAUAUAUAUAUAUAUUUUUUUUUUUUUUUUUUUUUUUUUUGGGUUAUUCGAGACAGAGUUUCUCUGUGUAGUUUUGGUGCCUGUCCUGGAUCUCACUCUGUAGACCAGGCUGGCCUUGAACUCACAGAGAUACGCCUGGCUCUGCCUCCCCAAGUGCUGGGAUUAAAGGUGUGUAUCACUGCUGCCCGGCUCUAGCCAAUUAAGUAUAGGAAGAAAGGCAUUUCAGGAAAAAGGAACCACCCAGAGCAAAUGUCCUGAGGAUUCUGGCCAUGUUCAAAGAAAAAGAAAAGGGUAGUGAACAGGUACUGCUGUGGGAAACCGAGAGAAAGAAGGGAGAUGCCCAUCAAGUAGGGCCUUGCAGUCUAUUACAAGGAGGGAGCUAUUAAAGGGAUCUGCAUUAGAGAAGAUGAGCCUGUUUGUUGAAAUAGACCGUAAGGCAAAGUGGACAGUUGCUUUCUGUGGAGGCAAAAAUUAGCCAGAUAUGAACAGAGGCAGAUCUUCAUCAAUAACCUGGAAUUUAAUAACCUUUUCCAUCCAACAUCCCUGCCUCCCCAAUUACAGAAAAUCUACUUUUGAAAAAAAAAUUACUAUUCUAGGCUCAGAAAUACAACUGAGCUGGACCACUAAGCUCCUUAAUGGACUUUAUAGUCCGAUUAGUGGAGAUAGACAAGUUAAUUCAUAAACAUAAUCACUUCCUCUUGUGGGAGUUUGAGACCCAUAGAGAGAGCUCUCUUUUUUUUUUUUUUUUUUUUUUUUUUGGGUUUUUUGAGACAGGGUUUCUCUGUGUAGCUUUGCGCCUUUCCUGGAUCUCGCUCUGUAAACCAGGCGGGCCUCGAACUCACAGAGAUCCGCCUGGCUCUGCCUGCCAAGUGCUGGGAUUAAAGGUGUGCGCCACCACCGCCUGGCCCUAGAGAGAUCUCUUAGAAGUAUUGAGGUAGAACCUAAGAAAGGUCUCUCAGUAGGUGAUGUUUGAACUGAGCCGAAAAGACACCUAGAAGAAGAGCAUCUUUGGAAAGCGGGAUUGCUUCUCCAGGUUAGGCUGCAGAGACAGGUGGUAUUGGAACACAGGAGAUGGAGGAAGCAGAAAUUGUUACUUCUUCCCCAGUGACUUACCAGCAAGUGGCUGAGCACCUACAUGCAGUUCUACAGUGAUUUUCUCUGGUUUUCUAACAUUACACAAGAUACUUGAUAACUAUAGUAUUGUGUAACUAAACAAAAUACCAUGGAUACUCUCUAACACAAAGUUAUUACUACUAUUAGCAAGACAUAGACACUGAAACAGACCAAGCACUACAAUUACAUUAGAACUUGACUUCAUACUUAGAUCUGUUUUAGUGUGAAGUCCUGUGUUUGUCUACUAUGUACCUAGCAAAGGAAUGAAGAAAAAAAAGAGAGCCUGUGAGAACAUUGCCAGUUAGUUUCUCCACAGAAGUCAUUAUCUUUGAAUGUGGUUAUGUCACUGGUUACGUUUAAUAUUGUUUCAGAUUUCUGUGACUCUAUCUCUGGUCGUGAGUCUCCCUUGAUGGCCCCUACUGAAUCUGUAGAUUUUAUGCAACUCCUUAUUAAAAAAAAAAAAAAAAAAAAGAUUUAAUUUUUAAGUGUGUGUAUGUUCUCCCGUGCAUGCAUUAGUGAAGCUGCCUGCCAAGGUCAGAGGCAUGGAUCUCCCAGUAGCUGAUGUUACCCAGUGAUUGAGCCAUGCAGUAUGGGUGCUGGGAAUCAAACUGAUCCUCUGUAAGAGCAGUAUGUGCUCUGAACUGCUCAGACAUCUUUCCAGCCCUUCAGCUCCUUAUCUUAAAAAAGAAACAGCUUCUACAAAGUCAGAUAAUCUGAAGGGCUAAAUUAAGAAAACCAGUCAAAACCCAAGGCAUUUUCUAAUUCCUGGUAGAUUAGAGAUUUAGAAAUAGUUACAGUGAGAUUGCUUGGAAGGUAGAGAACUGCCUACUAAAAUGGUAGUUCUAUUUAAAAAAUUUUAAGUUGAUUUUAUGUGUGGAUAUAUGCAAUUGUGUACAGGUGCUCUUAGAGGCUACAGGCAAUAAUCCCUUGGAGCUAGAGUUACAGGCAGCAGGCCUGGCAUGGGUGCUGGGAAUUGAACUAGAAGAGCAGUACACAUUCUUAGUCUCUGAGACAUCUCUUUAGCCCUAAAGUUGGCGUUUCAAAGAAUAAGUGAAGCCUGCUACAGGAAGGGGAACCGAGACUUGUACACUUAGUGCAAAGAAUAUAUACAUGUAGAAUGGAAUCUGAGUAUUGACUUCCGAUUAUAAGUAUGCUAUUAAUGUAAUGAAAUGUAAGAGAUGACUGGACCUGCUAAUCUGAGGAUCAAACCUUUAACCUUUCUGGGGAACUGGGAACUACAGUAGGUGGACUGUUACUUAGUCUAAGAUGUGUCAGGUCCUUAUUGACCUCUUGCAGGAGGUACAGUCUUCCCUUUAGUGAGUUGUUGAAAAUAUUCUUGAUAUUAUUCUAAUGACUAAAGGCGGGUGGCCUUCUUUACCCUGGUUAUUUCUCCUUCCAGAGAAACUCACCCCAUUAAUGUAACUAAUUCCUUAAGGAAUCUAAGGUCUCCAAGACACCUGCACACCCUUGUUUAUUGGAACAGUAUUCACAAUAGCCCCAUUAGGGAACUAGCCUAGAUGCCUACAGACAGAUGAGUGGAUAAAGUAACCUGGCAUAUACAUAAUUGUGGGGUUUUUUUUUCAGUAAAAAAGAACAAUUUUGUUUCUCAAAACAAAAAUUCUGUCAUUUGCAAGAAAAUGGAUAGAACUGGAGCUAUGCUAAGCUAAAUAAGCCAGAUUUAGAAAAAUGUGUCUUUAUUCAUAUGCAGAAUCUGGUAUUUAAAAUGAUGUGAAAAUAUAUGUGAAGAGGUAAGGAAACUGGGGGGGGGGGAAGAGAUGGGGAUGGAAGUUGAAUAUCACAAAAGCACAUUAAUAUCUGUGUAUGAAGAUUUCACAGUGAACUUUUUUAGAGUGAAUGCACACUAAUGUGCUGGUUAGUUUUUGUCAACUUGAUACAAACCAGAGACACCUGGAAAGAGAGACCCUCAACUGAGGAAUCGUCUCCAUCUGAUUGGCUUGUGCGUCUGGGUGGGAUGGGGAUAUUGUCUUAAGUACAUAAUGUAGGAGCUCCAGUCCACUGUGGGCAAUUUCAUGCCUAGGCUGAUGGGCCUAGGCUGUUUACUUAGCUGAGCAAGUCGGAAAAGCUGUUUCUCCAUGGUCUCUGCAUUCAGUUCCUGCCUUGUCACCCAUUGAUUGAUUGUAACCUGUAAAGCAAUAAACCUUUUCCUUCCCCAA